AUGGGUGGAAUAGGUAAGACAACUCUUGCAAGUGCUAUUUAUGCCCAUAUCUCUUGCCAAUUUGAAGGUUGCAGCUUCAUUGAAAAUGUUAGAGAAGUUUCAGAAAAAGCUGGUUUGAAAACUCUGCAAGAACAACUCAUUUCCGAAAUCUUAAUGGAAAAAGAUUUAAGAGUAGGAAAUGUUGGUAGUGCCUUAAGUACAAUAAGGAACAGGGUAUGCCAUAAAAAGGUUCUUAUUGUUCUUGAUGAUGUGGAUGAAUCAACAGAACUUGAAAAAUUGGUGGGAGAGCUUGAUUGGUUUGGUUUUGGAAGUAGAAUCAUUAUAACAACUCAAAAUCAACAUACAUUAUUCAGAUAUGGCAUAACACAUAUUUAUAAGGUUGAGGAAUUAGGAGAAGAUGAAGCUAUAGAACUCUUUAAAUCGAAUGCCUUCAGGAAACACCAACAAAUGGGAUGCUAUGGAGAACUUGUGCAUUGUGUAGUAAAGUACGCUAAAGGAGUUCCUUUUGGUCUCAAAGCUUUUGGUUCUUUUCUUUGUGGUCGAAACAAAGAUGAAUGGAGAAGUACAUUAAACUGA